CAAAAGCAGGUCCUCUCGUCCGUCUCGUCUCGUCUUCCCUGCCCCGCGGCUCACCUCACUCCACCCCCGUUCGUUGGCUGCCGGUCUCCCCCCCACUCCCGCGCGCGGACCGAGGGGGCGGCGGCGAUGGGGAAGAACAUGCGCAUCAAGACGGCGCCCAAGGCCAACCGCGUCCCCCUCCUCGGCGACGGGGAGACGUCGAGGACGCUCUCCGACCUGGAAGAGGGCAGCAACGUUCAGCCAGGGAACGUCGGGUUCUGUCGAGUAAUCAAGUUGGCCAAGCAUGACGCCGGGAAGCUGGUCCUCGCCACCAUAGCGCUGCUCGUAGCCUCCCUCAGCAACAUUCUCGUUCCGAAAUAUGGUGGCAAGAUAAUUGACAUUGUGUCAAGAGAUGUUCGGCGCCCAGAAGAUAAAGCUCAAGCCUUGGAGGACGUGAAGGGCACAAUCUUGUACAUUGUGAUAAUCGUUGUAGUCGGUUCAGUUUGCACGGCUCUUCGGGCAUGGCUAUUCAAUUCUGCUAGUGAGAGAGUAGUCGCUCGACUUAGGAAGGACUUGUUCAGUCAUCUCAUAAACCAGGAAAUAGCAUUUUUUGAUGUGACUAGGACAGGAGAGCUCUUAAGCAGGCUUUCUGAAGAUACACAGAUAAUAAAGAAUGCGGCUACAACCAACUUAUCGGAGGCACUGCGCAAUAUCACUACUAUAGCUAUCGGUCUUGGUUUUAUGUUUUCAACUUCAUGGAAGUUAACAUUGCUGGCACUUGUAAUUGUCCCGGUUAUAUCAGUUGCUGUGCGUAGAUUUGGACGAUUUCUUCGUGAACUUUCACAUCAAACACAAGCUGCUGCAGCCCUAGCCUCAUCCAUAGCUGAGGAAUCAUUUGGUGCCAUUCGCACAGUGAGAUCCUUUGCUCAGGAAUCUCACGAGAUUUCACGCUAUGGUGAAAAAGUAGAGGAGACGCUUAAACUUGGUCUCAAGCAAGCUAAAGUUGUUGGCUUGUUUUCUGGAGGGCUUAAUGCAGCAUCAACCCUGUCAGUGGUUAUUGUUGUUAUUUAUGGUGCCAAUUUGACCAUCAAUGGUUACAUGACAACUGGUUCUCUCACAUCAUUCAUCUUAUACAGCCUUACAGUUGGUUCGUCAGUAUCUGCUUUGUCAGGACUAUACACAACUGUAAUGAAAGCCUCUGGUGCAAGCCGUAGAGUUUUUCAACUUCUGGACCGUGUUUCCUCGAUGCCAAACUCUGGGGACAAAUGUCCGAUAAAUGAGGAAGAUGGGGAAGUUGAGCUUGAUGAUGUCUGGUUUUCAUAUCCUUCUCGCCCUAGUCAUAUGAUUCUUAAGGGAAUAACACUGAAGUUAGCCCUGGGUUCAAAGGUCGCACUUGUCGGGCCAAGUGGUGGUGGUAAAACCACAAUAGCAAAUUUGAUUGAACGGUUUUAUGACCCUCUAAAGGGAAGGAUCUUACUUAAUGGAGUACCCUUGUUAGAAAUUUCGCAUAAAUAUCUUCACAACAAGGUAAGCAUAGUCAGUCAGGAGCCUACACUCUUUAACUGCACCAUCGAAGAGAACAUUGCUUAUGGAUUAGAGGGCAAAACUAACUUUGCUGAUGUUGAGAGCGCAGCGAAAAUGGCGAACGCACACAACUUCAUAUGCAGCUUUCCGGACCAAUACAAGACCGUAGUUGGCGAGCGAGGGAUCAGGUUAUCCGGGGGGCAGAAGCAGAGGAUCGCUAUUGCUAGAGCUUUGCUUAUGAACCCACGAGUGCUUCUCCUGGAUGAGGCUACCAGUGCCCUGGACGCCGAGAGUGAAUAUCUUGUCCAGGACGCAAUGGACUCGUUGAUGAAGGGGAGAACCGUUCUUGUGAUAGCUCACCGGCUCUCGACCGUGAAGAGUGCCGACACCGUCGCCGUCAUCUCCGACGGCCAAAUUGUGGAGAGCGGCACGCACGACGAGCUCCUCGCCCGCGACGGCAUCUACACCGCCUUGGUGAAGAGGCAGCUGCAAGGGCCGAAGUUCGAGGCCACCAGCAGCAUCAGUGAGGCAGGCGAAAUACAAGCCGAACCCAGCAGCAAUGGGCAAUAGCCCUUCGCGCUGAUAGGUGCCCUGGCCCCCUCCAAGUUAGUCAGGCCACAGUUGAUUCGAACCCCACUGAAUUAUAUGUAACCCUGAUCCUGAUGUAUGCCACACUAUGAAACAUUUUAGAUGUCACACGACGCUACAGAAUGUUGCAGGAGUAAAGGGUAGUCCUACAUGAUUAGUUCAGGUUUGUGCUUAUGCUGUGCUGAUUUCUUGCUGCUACACUGUAGUGGGCCUUUUUGUGGAAAUGCCGUUCUCAACGUUGCUUUGCUUCGUUACACAACGCCACUGUAUAGUCUAGUGGUA